UCCCCUCCAUCAACCUUUCCGGCAAACCUGCCAGUGUCCGACCUCGCGAUGCGGUAAACACCUUCACUUUCAUGAACCGAAAGAGACGAACCUAGCCCAACCACUUGGAUUCAUGCCAUCAUGAUCGAUAAGGUAUACUAGUUUAUUCUCGGUCUCUCCACCUUCGUCCCGACUCCUCCACUUGACAGAUCCGGCCUGACGGUUGGGGGAGGGAAAGACACGAUGCCAAGGCCCUACCCAGCGGGAAGCGUGCUGCUUGCCCGGAUCAACACGGGACUCGGGAGCGGCAGGGAUGCAGAGGACAAGACAGACCCCCCACCAAACCGCUGAGAACGCCCAGCUCCUUAUCAGUGAGACCCACCAAUCCAUUGAGCAUGCAGCACCUUGGCGAGCAGAGCAGUCCUCCAGGAAGGGAAUGGAGGCACUUCUGAGGGUGAUAAUGACGAGGAUGGUCUUAUCGCGGGACCUGCAAGGCUUCUUUGAGUCGGGAACCCCAGCUCGGCUCGGCUGUGAUGGAUGGGUGGUACCUACGACUCGAGAGUCGCAGUGUAUUUUAUUACCCUAGCCAUCCCGCAUGAUCCAGGACUGAAUCUUUCCUCUUCACUCUGCAGCCUGCCUUUCAACAAAGACCAGGAGCACCGGUCCUGGCCUCAGAGGGACAGACUCUCUACUUCGACUCCUCGACAAGUCUUUCACCAUGUCGUCCUACAAAGUUUCCGAUUACGCCGGCCCAACGGAGAUGGCCCACGAGGGCGUCAACCCCCUCCUGGAAGACAUCAAUGCCCCCUAUUCGGCCGGUGAUUUCGCCUGGAUCAUGACCUGCACUGGUCUUGUGCUGCUCAUGGUCCCCGGUGUUGGUUUUUUCUACAGUGGUCUUGCCCGCCGCAAGUCUGCUCUGGCUUUGAUUUGGCUGUCUUUGAUGUCCAUCGCCGUUGUGGGAUUCCAAUGGUUCUUCUGGGGUUACUCCCUGACCUUCACCCACAACACCGACGCCAGCCCCUUCAUUGGCGAUCUUUCCAACUUUGGUCUUAUGAAGGUCCUCGGUCAGCCCAGUGUUGGCAGCUCCAAGAUCCCCGAUGUCCUGUUCUGCCUCUACCAGGGCAUGUUCGCCGCUAUCACUCCGGCCCUCGCUAUCGGUGCCGCUGCUGACCGUGGCCGCAUGCUCCCGGCCAUCGUCUUCAUCUUUAUCUGGGCCACCAUCGUCUACGACCCGAUUGCCUACUGGACCUGGAACCCCAACGGCUGGUCCUUGGUCAUGGGCGGUCUCGAUUUCGCCGGUGGUACCCCCGUGCACAUCAGCUCCGGCGCUGCCGCUCUCGCCUACUCUUUGAUGCUCGGAAAGCGUACCGGCUACAACAAGGUCAACGGCCUCCCUUACCGCCCCCACAACGUCACCCACGUUGUUCUCGGCACAGUCUUCCUCUGGGUUGGCUGGUUCGGCUUCAACGGUGGUUCCGCCCUCGCUGCCAACACCCGCGCUGUCAUGGCCUGCCUCGUCACUCAGAUCUCUGCCUGCGUCGGUGGCUUCACCUGGUGCUUGCUUGAUUACCGCCUCGAGAAGAAGUGGUCAACCGUUGGUUUCUGCUCUGGUGUCAUUGCCGGUCUCGUCGCCAUCACCCCCGCUGCUGGUUAUGUCCCCCCCUGGUCGGCUGUCAUCUUCGGUGUCUGCGGCGGUAUCAUCUGCAACUUUGCCACCAAGCUUAAGUUCCUGAUCGGUAUUGACGAGCCCCUCGAUGUGUUCGCUGAGCACGGUGUUGGUGGUAUUGUUGGCAACCUCCUCACUGGUAUCUUUGCCGCUGACUACAUCGCCGCACUUGACGGCGCCACCGCCAUUGACGGUGGCUGGGUCAACCAGAACUACAUCCAGCUCGGCUACCAACUCGCCGAUUCUGUCGCUGGUUUUGCCUACUCCUUUGUCAUGACCUGCCUCAUCUGCUUCGUCCUGAACCUCAUCCCUGGCCUGUCUCUCCGUGUCAGCCCCGAGGUUGAGGAGAUCGGUCUUGACGAUGCUGAGCUCGGCGAGUUCGCGUAUGAUUAUGUUGAGCUCAGCAGACACGUCAACGACGUUCUUGUUGGUGGCAGUGCCGCGGGCAGUGUCAAGGAAUCGAACGAGACCCCUACCGAAAAGGCUUAAGCGUUCUCGUGAUCAAAACCAAGUGCGACAAAUUCAAUAGACAUUGGCAUGACUGGAUCGUGCAACAAGGGGGUGUAUAGUGGUGAGGUGGCGGCUCAAUGGGAAGAGGGGCCUGUAAUAUCAUAGGGGAUGGGCGAGGGAUGUGAUGGAUGGAAUGAUGAUGAGGAGGAUGUGGAAUAUGGGAUGUAUUUUGGUUUGUUGGUGGGAAACUGUCCGAAAUAUGAUACCUCUUUCUUUUGGAUAUACUCAGCGAGCGAAGGAGAUACCAAGUUUAUAAUCUUUGAGAUAUAUACCCGAUACAUAUCACCAUGCAGCGCGGCUUGACUUUCUCUUUG